GCGCGGGCGCGCGCGCAAGUGUGUGUAGGCUCGUUCGGCGCGGUCGUCGCGGUGCGGUUGCUUGAUUUGUGCUGGUGCGGACCGUGGAGCGGCCAGCGGUGGCCAGAGUGUGUCAGUCGGUUGGCAAGUCUCGCGGCGUUGCAUUUAUCCCCUGUCGUGUAUGACUCAGCAACGAGAAGAAGCGAGCCGAUAGCGCGAGUGGAUCCGCUGUUAGCUGACGAGGGUGCGGUGGUGGUGUGUUUUAGUGGCGGGUUGCUGGUGGUGCUGUUGCUGAGCGCUGCCUCCUCGUUCGUCGUCGUCGUCGUCAUCGUCGGCGGUAAAGUCUGCUGAUCGCGCGCUGACUGGUCCAUGUGCUCUUCUGCCUAAAAUGCUUAUCAAGGAAUACCGUGUCACUCUGCCCCUUACAGUGGAAGAGUAUCAAGUAGCUCAACUAUACUCUGUAGCAGAGGCUAGUAAGAAUAAUACAGGUGGCGGAGAAGGUAUUGAAGUGUUGAAAAAUGAGCCAUUUACGGAUUACCCAUUGCUUGGUGGAAAGUACUCAUCAGGCCAAUAUACAUAUAAGAUUUAUCACUUAGCUAGCAAAGUGCCUGCUUUUAUUCGCAUUUUAUUGCCAAAGAACUCGCUGGAGAUCCAUGAAGAGGCUUGGAAUGCUUAUCCCUAUUGUAAAACAGUCAUAACUAAUCCAGGAUAUAUGAAGGAAAAUUUUGUGAUUAUGAUAGAAUCCUUUCAUAUUGGCGAUGUUGGCAAUCAGCAUAAUGUUCAUGAAUUGCCGCCUGAUAAACUCAAAAUUAGAGAUGUAGUACAUAUAGAUAUUGCAAAUGAUCCGGUCGCCAGUGCCGAUUACAAGGAGGACGAGGAUCCAAGCAAAUUCAAGUCCCAGAAGACGGGACGAGGCCCUCUCGUAGGGAAGGACUGGAAGAAUAAUGUUCAACCUGUGAUGACGUGCUACAAGCUAGUCACUUGUGAAUUCAAAUGGUUUGGUCUACAGACCCGUGUUGAAGGAUUUAUUCAGAAAGCAGAACGGCGCCUGUUUACCAAUUUCCAUAGACAAGUGUUCUGUUGGAUAGAUCGCUGGUAUGGUUUAACCAUGGAAGAUAUUAGAGCUAUUGAAGACAAUACAAAAGAAGAAUUAGACAGGCAAAGACAUCAAGGAGAAGUGCGGGGUAUGCGCGCUGAAGAUUGAGACUUUGAUAGCUUCUGUUAUGAACGGUUAAAUCAAUUUCCUUAUACAUGUCAACACAAAUACAUACGCAUACCUACAGAUGUACACCCUGUUAUGCUCUGUCAUAGACGAUUCCACAGAAUUCGAACGAUUUCCGGAGUUUACGUGUCUAGAUUCAGUGUCUAUUACAGAAGAAAUUACUUACAAUUUUAAUUUAUUUUACAUUUACAAGCAUUUUAGAUAAAUGUAUCUACAAAGAUUAUUAUAUUAUUAUUAUUAUUAUUAUAAUGUAGUAUUAUUAUAAAAGGAAGAAAUGUAAAGAAUCAGGUCAUCUGGUUCUCAUUUAUUGCAUAAUUAUAAAAAAAAGAAAAUUUGGUUUCGUAAAAACCAUUAUAGAUAAAGAGUUACGAUUACUUAAAAGCAGUUCGUAGUUCGAUAAUAAUAGAUAUUUAAAGUUCAUUAACAACAACAAAAAAAUGCUUGCUGCAAAGUACAUAAGAGAACAAAGGAAAUAUGUGAUUUAACUUUGCAAGUUUGAUCGUAGUUAAAUAGUUUAAAAAAUCCACUGUUUAAUAUAUAUACAUAUAUAUAUAUAUAUAUAUAUUAAUGUACAAUUGAAAAAAAAUCUAAAUGUUACAUAUAUUAAUGAUCCGUGUUUCGAACUAUUAUUAUUUGAGACAGAAAUGUGAUCGUGUAUUUUCUGAGAAGAUAUCGAUAGUAUUUUAUCAAAUUUUUGCGAAAAUGUAUAUGCGAUUAGGAAAUUGAUUCGAACGUGUUUCAAGGAUCUCAAAAUGUGUUUUUACAGCGGGAUCCUUGAUCUGUGGAAUUUUUGAUUACACGAAAUACACAUGGUACUACGAUAAAUCCCAAUUUAUAUAAUGUUCUUCUGUUUUUCUACGUCCGUUCUCAACGAGCACGAGACGUGUGAUGUAUCUAUUCUUCUAAAAAGAUUAGAACCAAACUGAUGGAUUUUUUAAUUAUACUGCGAUUCUAACGAUGUAAUAUUACCAUUACACCCUAAAUUGUUUAAAUGAGAAUGGAGAAACAAUGAUGUAUUCUAUGUAAAGUGCUCACACCAGAUAUACAUAUACACACACAUGUAGAGAAGCAGUUUUAGGCUAUUCAAUAUUGGUGACAGCGGGUGAACGGCAUGAAAAGGUGCGUUAUUGUAUAUAAAAAGAAAGAAAAAAACAAGGAAACAAUGAAAUUCGAAUUCGAACGACAUAUGUUAAGUUUCUUUGCAUUCCAAUAGAUCUCCGAGUACAACCGAUCAAGUAUUCUAGAACGCUGCUCGUAAGGUGACCCAUUGCAAGUAAUACAAUUAUGCUUUAAUCUGCAAUUUUUUUCUUAAUACAUUGAAAAAAGACGAAUAAUAAGUGUUCAUUAUAUGUGAUAGCUCGUUUCUGUCGAAACGAGAACAGAUCAAUUGCUAUAUAGAUGUCUUAUGAAGCGUAUUUUUUGUGGAAAUAAUUAUUUAUAUUAUAAAUCGAAUCCCCAAAAAAUUGGAUUUAUUAAACUUUUUUUUAAUGGAUCUAUAUAAAGAAUAAUCACAGCAGCAGCAGUGUUCUGACAUAGUGAUAGGAUCUCUAAUUAAAAAUGUGAUUAAAAAUGAGAAACAGUAACAAAAUACAUACAUAUAUAAUUUAACUGUCAUUUGCACAAAGUAAAUGUAUUCUCUGUAUUAUGUUGGAAGACAGAAUAGCCAUAGUCUAAGAUAUAGCUUUAUCUUCGUAUUUAUAUACGAACAGUGGUAGCCACGACGAUGCACAUAUUAGAUAUUUGUAUUCAAUAUAUUAGAUACACGAGAUUUAAUGAGAGAGGAAGAAAGAGAAAAAAAUGGGGCACACAUUUAUCCGUUAUUUCCUCGAAUGAAGGAAAAAUAGAUGUGUCGUUGAAACGUACUUGUAUAACUUUAACGAAUCUGCCUUUGUUCCAUGACUGCGUCGCCCGUUUUGUUAGACACGUACGCGGGUUCACACUACUGCUGCAACUGUUAUCCUAUACUAUAUGAUGACAGUUACUUAAAUAGAUAGACUCUAGCCGUUCCUGAGACGUAUGACAAGCAAGGGUAGAGAAGAGUCUUCGGAAAGAAAAUUUCCGUAUCGCUGCCAAAGGGCUAACAAUGAAAAUGUGUAUGUGUAUAUAUGUAUAUAUGCACACUUGUAUAUGCGUUUUUCCUUUCUAUGCAUACAUACGUGUAUGUGUAUGUGUGCGCGCGUAUGUGCGUAUGCUCUCGAUCCAGUCACGUAUAUUUAGUCAACAAGAGUUAAUAAAAUUAGAAGACAUA